AUGCAAACGAUCAAAUGUGUCGUAAGUCGGCGCGAUCUGAUCACGCAUCCAGCGGCGCACCCGGCCGGAGGGGGGGAUGUGCCCACUGCCCCUCCCGUCCAGCCUGGUCCGCAUCCGCGUGCUCUAGGCAUGAUCUCCACGGAGGCUGAUCCUCCUCUGGGCCCUGCUGUUAUCUCUAGGUCGUUGGUGAUGGUGCUGUUGGAAAGGUGAGCCCCUGCGCCGUGUCGACCGCCCGUCUUGCACCGGGCUCAGCACUUGGGACGCCCUCCGCCGACUCGUGUUGAGCCACUGUACCGGUGAUGAAACUGUCCAGUCACUAACGCACGCACCCUCGCCCGCCCGUCGCGCGUGUCACCCGCCGUCCAAUCGCAGACCUGCCUCCUCAUCUCGUACACAACAAACAAAUUCCCGUCCGAAUACGUCCCGACCGUAUUCGAUAACUAUGUAAGCUGUUCGCCCCCACCGCAUCUCCCGAGCAUGGACCUCAGCGAUAGGCACCCCCCCGCCUCGCGUUUUGGCCCUGCCCCUCAACUUUUGGGCCCGCAUGUUGUCGCUAGUCCCUAGCCUUUCGCAUCUGCGCUCCGCCCCGAUACACUAGUUGCAACGACCUAAAACUGACUCGCGAUUUCUGCGCCGAUACGCCCUUGCAGGCCGUCACUGUCAUGAUUGGCGACGAUCCCUACACGCUCGGCUUGUUCGAUACCGCCGGUCAAGAGGAUUACGAUCGACUGAGGCCGCUGUCGUACCCGCAAACCGACGUGUUCCUCGUAUGCUUCUCCGUCACCAGCCCUGCCUCGUUCGAGAACGUCAAGGAGAAGUGGUUCCCUGAGGUGAGUUCCCUCGCGACCUGGCCCUUCUGUCACCAGACACCGUGUCGAUCGACCGUCCCGCCCACCGCCCUAGCUGACUGUGCAAGGAGUGAUGCUCUUGGCCCCACGCCAGGUCCACCACCACUGCCCCGGUGUCCCUUGCUUGAUCGUUGGUACCCAAGUCGAUUUGCGGGACGAUCCCGCCGUCCUGGAGAAGCUCGGUCGGCAAAAGCAGAGGCCCGUCGCUCCUGAGGCCGGUGAACGCCUCUCGCGAGAACUUGGCGCGGUCAAAUACGUCGAGUGCUCCGCGCUGACGCAGAAGGGCGUAAGUCGUGUUCGAGAAGCACGUCAUCAAGAAAGUGCACAGGGCUGACUUGCGACUGGAUCCCGACCUUUGCACACGCCAUAUACAGUUGAAGAAUGUCUUUGACGAGGCCAUCUGCGCAGCGCUCGAACCGUCGACGAAGAAGACUAAGAAGAAGCCUUGCAGCAUCUUGUAA